CUGACAGAGGAAGACAAAACCCCGCCCCCCUCAACUCACAUGUACUUUUUGUUAUGGUGUCAGUAAACGCCUCAGUGGCAGAGCAGUAACUGAGCAUGCGUUGAAAAUGCUAACAGCCUCUGUUAGCUUGUUAGCAUUGAAACCGGAAACGUCCAGUCUCGUGUUUUUUUUACCUUAAUUUGACUCCGAUUUCAUUUCCGGGUUGGGAGUCGUCAUCGACCGGAUCAAGUCGGAUUAUAUCGGAUUCAUUCGGACCGAGAACCGCCGUGAGGCCGCGGAGGUUUCCAGCCCGACUCACGGUUCUCAUGUAGCCGUCAGUCAGAGACGAGCGGCCGGCGGCAUCAUCAUCAUCAUCAUCAUCAUCAUCACCAUCACCGUCCGACAGGAUGAUAAAGUUCGUGCUGAUGGUGAACCGGCAGGGUCAGACCCGACUGUCCCGGUACUACCAGCCCGUGGAGCUGAGCAGGCGCGCGGCGCUGGAGGCCGACGUGGUCCGCUGCUGCCUGAGCCGCAAGAAAGAGCAGUGUUCGUUUGUUGAGUAUAAAGACUUCCGACUGGUCUACCGUCAGUACGCGGCUCUCUACAUCGUGGUCGGUGUCUCGGACGCGGAGAACGAACUGUCCGUCUACGAGCUCGUCCACAACUUCGUGGAGGUUCUGGAUAAAUACUUCAGUCGAGUGAGUGAACUGGACAUCAUGUUCAACCUGGACCGAGUCCACGUGAUCCUGGACGAGAUGAUCCAGAACGGACACGUGGUGGAGACCAACCGGAGCAGAGUGCUGGCGCCCCUCACCGCCCUCGACAAGAUGGCAUGACGGCUGAGCCACCCGAUCGAACCUGCGAAGCUUCUCUCUGAAUGAAAACCAUUUGAUUGUUUGUGUGAAAAGGUUAAAAAUCAUUUCCUGAACAAA